AUGAAUGGUAUUAUCCAUAACUGCACCCAUAAAGAUGCUGGCGAGGACGUUUCCUUUCGUUUAAGCGAGGAGGAAAUGUUCAUCCGCAUAUUCAACUACAUCGAACAUCUGUUUGGUAAAAUCAAACCCAAACAGCUCUUCUUCAUGGCCAUCGAUGGCGUUGCACCCCGCGCCAAGAUGAACCAGCAGCGCGCGCGACGUUUCCGCACGGCGCUGGACGUCGAAAAGGCCCGCGACAAGGCCAUCAGUGAAGGCGUCGAGAUGCCCAAAGAGGAGCCUUUCGACAGUAACUGCAUUACUCCUGGAACCGAGUUCAUGGCAAAGCUGUCUCAACAACUGAGGUACUUUGUGAACAAGAAGGUGUCGGAAGACACUGACUGGCAGGGGUGCGAGAUUGUGCUAUCCGGCCACGAAGUUCCUGGUGAGGGAGAACACAAAAUCAUGGAGUACAUCCGAAACGCCAAGGCGCAACCUGGAUAUAACUCCAACAUCCGACACUGUCUCUAUGGCCUUGACGCCGACUUGAUCAUGCUGGGUCUCCUCAGCCACGAUCCUCAUUUCUGCCUCCUCCGAGAAGAAGUGACGUUCGGGCGGGCAUCCAAGACCAAGUCGAAGGAACUGGAGCAUCAGAAUUUCUAUCUGCUCCAUCUGUGCAUCGUCAGAGAGUAUCUUGAGAUGGAGUUCCAGGAGCUCAAACAGGACGGGGUCUUAAGUUUCCCAUUCGAUCUUGAAAGGGUUAUUGAUGACUUUAUUCUAAUGGCCUUCUUUGUUGGAAACGAUUUCUUGCCCAAUCUACACGGAUUACAUAUCAACGAGGGUGCUUUGGCGAACAUGUUUAGGAUAUACAAGACCAUCAUUCCAAAGGGUGAUGGGUAUAUCAACGAAAACGGAGUCAUCAACAUGGAUCGCCUACAAGCCCUGCUCGGCGAGAUCUCAAACCUCGAAGUCCAACAAUUCGAAGACGACGUCUCGGAUGAAAAGUGGUUCGUAUCGAAACAAAUGGAGAAGAAGUUGGAAAACGCCAGCCGCAAGACGCCAAAAGGCGCUCAGCUUGUCAUCACUUCAGCACAACGAGAUCUCUGGAAGCAGAAGAUCCGCCCAUACGUCUCAAAACGCUCUGAUCAGCCCUUGGAUCUUGGAGCGGACCUCAUAGCUGCCGAUCGCAAGUUUGUGCAGGAUCUUGCGGAAUCCAUGCAUCUGCAAUGGUCCACCAAAGAAGAUGAUGAGGGCCACCGCCACCUCCUCGUGGAAUUCCCCCCUAAGAUUGGUGACGACGAUGAUGAGGAAGAGGAGGAAGGUAACCUUGCCGCUUACCGGGUGACGAAGACGUACGACAAGGCCAUGGUCAUCGAUCUGACCGCCGAGGACGCUCAGAAAAACUACCAGAAGUUGUAUCAGGACAAGUACCAGGGCUGGAAGACGAAAUACUAUCUCCAGAAGUUUGAGGAAUGGGCCCCGGAGAAAUAUGACAAGGAGCUUUUGGACCUCUGCGAGAACUACGUGCAAGGUCUGCAAUGGGUCUUGUAUUACUACUACCGUGGAAUCGCAUCCUGGCCGUGGUUCUACAAAUACCACUACGCGCCUCUCAUCUCAGAUGUUGUCAAGGGUGUCGGAGCGGACCUGAACUUCCAGAAGGGCCAGCCCUUUAAACCUUAUGAACAGCUCAUGGGUGUCUUGCCGGAUCGAAGCAAAAAGAUUGUCCCCAAGGUCUAUCACGAUCUCAUGACCAACCCCGAGUCCCCAAUUAUCGACUUCUAUCCCCGAGACUUUGAAUUGGACAUGAACGGCAAGAAGAUGGACUGGGAAGCUGUUGUCAAGAUUCCCUUCAUUGAUGAGAAGCGGUUGUUGUCCGCCAUGGCGACAAAGAAUGACCUGUUGGAAGAUGACGAGAAGGCUCGCAACGGAUUUGGUGUCCCAAUCAAGUUCACCUACAACCCGGAGGUAAACUUCACUUACCCGUCACCCCUCCCUGGUAUUUUCCCGGAGGUCCAGUUCUGCCACUGCAUCGAAAACAUCUUUGACCUCCCUGAUAUGGAGGGUCUUCAAUACCUCUCAGGUCUGACGAACGGCGCGUUGCUAAACGUGUCGGCUUUGGCUGGCUUCCCCACAUUGCACACCCUCCCAUACACCGCACAGCUUGUGGAGGGUUAUGGUGUCAAUGUUUUCCAGUCGGAUAGCCGCAACCCCAGCGUUGUUGUCACUCUGACUGGGACCGAGAGCCGUACCAAGACUGAAACUUGGAAGGCGAAGCUGGGCCAACGCUGCUUCGUUGGAUACCCCUUCCUUCAAGAGGCCAAGGUGAUGAGGGUGCAGGAUGAGCUCUUUAGCUACGAGUUAGCAGAGAAUGGCAAGGACAUCGUGACUAAGGACCACAACAACAGGGAGGCUGCCGACUUCGCCAAGGAAUCCGACUUCCUCGAGAAUUGGCAUAGCAAGCGACUUGCUAUUACCAUCGGACAAGUUGAGUGUCUCGUCGUUGUCCAUAUGCUCAAGGGUCUGCUCCGGACGGAGGAGGGUGCGCUUAUCAAGGAAUAUGCGGAAAACCCCAGUGUUCGAAGCACAUAUGCUGCUCAAACCAUUGUUGAUGAUGUCGUCAACGAGGACGAGCGGUUCAUUGAAAAGGUAGCUCUUCCCAUCGAGGAGGAGUUCCCUCAGGGCACACGCGCCUUUUUCCUCGGCGAGUAUGCCUUUGGCCGUCCUCUCGAAAUCACUGGCCACAUCAACAACAAGGCCGAGAUUGUUGUGUCAAUGCUCAAGACUAAGGAACUAGACUUUGCAAAGCAAAUCAUUUACCAGGCGGAACGCAAUAACCCAUACACGCCUUCAUUUGCCGUUGCCAAGCAGCUAGGAGUGCAUCCUCUCGUGUUGAGCAAGAUUACCUCAUCCUACCAGAUAAUUAACUCUGCCGGACUGAGACUGAACUUGGGUCUGAACCUCAAGUUUGAAGGACGGAAGCUCAAGGUUUUGGGUUACUCCAGAAAGUCCCAGACUGGAUGGGAGUUCAGCGGUAUGGCGAUCAAGCUGAUUGCGGAUUACAUGGUUGCAUUCCCCGACUUCUUUGCUGGCAUCCAGAGGGAGCCACAGAAGAGUGACGUGUCGGAGACCGAUCUGUGGAAUGACCCUAGUGUGGCUGGCCAGAGAGUUAAGGAAAUUGUGGCCUGGCUGAAGAAGCAGGAGACCGGCAAGUUCGAGCGAGUGCCGCUUGAAGCUGAGCAGCUUGAUUCCGAGGUUGUUAUGGCUCUGGCCAGCGUUGGAGAACAAAUUCAUCUGGCCUCCUCCGACAUUGACAUCCGAAAGCUGCGUUCGGUCCCCCGUUCGGCUCUCCUGAAGCCCUCUGAUGCCGAGAUGGUUCUUGGAAACCAAAACUUCGCUCUGGGGGACAGGGUCACAUAUGUCACGGCUUCUGGAAAGGUUCCUAUUGCAACUCGUGGAACGGUCGUCGGCAUCAGCCGCACCGCCACUGCUCUCCUGUUGGAUGUGGUCUGGGACACUUCAUUCAUGAGCGGAACGACACUGGGCGAGAGAGCCCCAAUGUUCCGCGGCCAGACUGUUGCAUCAUCGUCGGUUCUGAACACCUCCGUCAAGCAGGUCAUCUCUACGACUAGCAAGUCUCAGCAGCGUCGAAACGUCCCUGCCGCCUCCGGGGCUUACGGGUCUGUCGGUGUUACGCAAUACAAGGAUGCGCCAGCUCCCGCACCGCUACGCGGCGGCUGGCGUGGUGCCCUCAACGGUACUCAUUCACCCCGUGGACGCGGCAACGGAAAUGGAGGCCGAGGCGGUGCUCCCAACCUUAUGCACAGCACAUUGGUCUACCGCAACGGUCCUGAGGGCCAGGGUGGUAACGGCAAUGGUCGAGGAGGCUAUGGAGGACGCGGACAUGGCCGAGGCAACAUGCACGGUUCCCCGGGUCCAGACGCCGGAGACCAACCCCAGGAACAGAGAUACGGCAACGUGCCUCCUCCUGCCAGCCUGGAUCAGCCACGCGGUAGAGGCCGUGGCCGUGGCGGACGAGGACGAGGACGCGGCGGACCCAAUCGUGGACGAGGAGGUAACGCGGGCGGUAACGCGGCUGGGGGCAACGCAACUCAGGACUAG